UCGCGACGCGCGGAGGAACGAUGCAGGAUGGUGUGUUUACGUGCGUUGUCACCAACAGUGUUUACGAAACAAACAUGGAGGACGCGGUGCAAGAGCCGGAGAAGAAGAACUGCACCUUUCUAUUUAAAAGACGUAAAAUCCGGAGUAAUGCCACGAGGAAGCGGAAAGGAGCGGACGGCAGCGAUGAUAGCAGCGAGGAUGAGACUAUGGUGGUUAAGAAGGAGAAGAAGCAGGAGCGCAAUCCCAUGGUACAAAGCACAAACGUGAAGAGGCACCGGGAGAAGGUCAGUGACGGAGAUGACAGUAGCGAGGACGACGGCGUGACUGUGUCCUAUAAAAGUAACAGGACAGCUCUACCGGCCGGCCCGAGCGAUCAGGGAGCGACGUCGAUUCUUCAGACGGAAACGGAGAAAGACAGGGACGCGCAGGCACUGUUUGAGAAGGCCCAAAAAAUUAACGAGGAGCUGGAGGGGAAAGAGGACGACAAGAUUUAUCGGGGCCUGAACAAUUACGCGCAGUACUACAAGAAGAAGGAUACUGCGGCUGGAAAUGCAUCCAGCGGAAUGGUGCGCAAGGGACCAAUUCGAGCGCCAUCCAAUCUCAGAGCGACGGUGAGGUGGGAUUAUCAACCUGACAUAUGCAAGGAUUACAAAGAGACUGGUUUCUGUGGUUUCGGAGACAGCUGUAAAUUCUUACACGAUCGGUCGGACUAUAAAUUGGGUUGGCAAUUGGAGAGAGAAGCUGCUUCCGGCGAAUAUAAUGACAGCGGAGACGAGGACGAUAAGAAAUACGAGAUUGACAGCGACGAGGACAACUUGCCGUUUAAAUGCUUUAUUUGUAGAAAUAGUUUCACAGAUCCUGUUGUUACCAAAUGCAAGCAUUAUUUUUGCGAAAAAUGUGCUUUGGAACAAUACAGGAAAAGUACGCGAUGUUACAUCUGCAAUACCCAGACUAACGGCACUUUUAAUCCUGCAAAGGAACUUAUUGCACGAACUAAAAUGGAAGAGAAGGAAAAAGCGGCGGCAGCGAACGAGGAUUCCGAUGAGGAUUAAUAAAAUUGUUUGCAAGAUUACUCGAAUUUUAUAAUCCUACAAUCCUAUUUCUAGAAUUUUGUAACAAAUAAUAUGAAUGAUUUUAAUGAAUUGUAAAUGUUAAUACAGAUUGUUUUAAAAUAUCGUCGACAGAAUACGUUUAUGUACUUUCUAAAGUAGUGGAGAGUAAGCAGACCUGCAACUUCCGAAUUGUACUUUUUCUGAACGGCAGUAUUUUUAAAAAAUGCACUCUUGUACGAAUACUGUAGGCCAAUAAAAAUAUGUAUAUAUAUA